AUGGGCAUCGACUGGACGCCUUCGAACGAGGAGAAUCAAUGGCGUCGCACGUUCUGCCAAGUGCCGUUUCCCACCAUCUACGAGCACGCGGACAAGGGCAAGCGCAGUCUCGAGGGCCUCGUGGCGUUCUGUCGUGGCAAAGCUGCGGUCGAGCGCAGUGCGUGCAACGCGCUGCGGGAGCUCCUCCAAAGCGGCCAAACGCACGUGUUGGAAGAGCGGGGGACAGGCAGUCGACGCGCGUUGCUCGAGUUACGGGCGUUCGUCAACGCCACGUGCAGACAGCAGCUGGGGAUGGCCCAAGUACUGGACGAACAGGUUGCAGGGCCUCUUGCGUCGUUGCAGAGCGCGUCCGAGGCGUACAUUCAGACGCUCAAGAGCGAGAUUUUACAUGCAAACAGAGCGUACGAAGCUGCGGCGGAAGGUCAGCGAGAAGCUUCGGACUGGUGCCGUCGAGCGACGGUGGAACUGCGUGACGCGAAGGACCGACAGAAGAGAGCGCUGCAUGAGAUCGGUAUACCCGAGUUCGAGCUGCAACGACUGGCCGCUCGAGUGGCCAAGUGCGAGGAAGAGCAGGCUCAGGCAGUGCUGGCGCGAGCGCGGACGAAGACGGCGCUGUACAACCGCAUCAUCUCGCGCGACGAGAUGUCCAUGGCUGUGAGUGUCGCGUACCAGAAAGCCGAGGAAGAGCGCUUGGAUCAGCUCCAUGCAAGUCUACGUCGCUUUGUUCGAGUGGAAACGGAACGGCUCGAGGCGUCGCAGCACUUGUUGGCGAAGUUGGCAACGCACGUGCAGAGCUUGAGUCGCGCGGAAGACAUGCAGCUGCUCAUACACAACCAGCGGGAUCCAGACAACCUGCACUUCCAGGGAAAAGCACUGGCGCUGCUGGAUUGGCAGUGGAGCAAAAUGCACGCGGAUCACGGGGGAACGUCUCGGGACUAUGCACCGAGUCUGCUUGAGCGUCGAAGCAGCACCGAAGAUAGUUCAUGCGCGUGGCCUGUGCCACCUUCAGCUUCAACAGCCACGCUGUCUUCUUUGGAACAAGGAUCGGCUAUCGAUGCUGAUGCGUUGGACGUGGCUGUGGCUGCACCGGACAGUCCCCAUACGCUCCUCACGCAGACCCCAAUGAGUGCUGCGCUUCGUCAAUUCUUUGCGCGAGAUAAAGAGCGCCGCGCCUCGUUGUUCAGUGCAGCAGACGAAAGCGAGGCGAGGGAAGAGCCUCUGCGACCGCCAUCUUGCGUUGAUAACUGCGGGUCGGGUGUUUCUCCGCAGAUGUCCAGCGAUAGCCAUGAAGCACGAACAUCGGCUGAGGCUCUCGUGCGUGAAACGUGCAGGACCGCAGACGGUCGUGCUUUGUUCGUCAAGUGUUUGAACCGACAGCGCAGUCUGGAGACCAAAGUGAAGGACCAAGCGAGUUUCGAAGCACUUGUCGCUUGCUUUGACGCGUUCCUUGAUGAGUGUGUUCGUGAAGACGACAUCAAAGCCGCGAAAACCGCCAUGAUUCUGGCUGAGACGUUUUACUAUCCGAAGACGCAGGAACAAGGAGGUCGCUCGGACUCGGCUGACGAUACUGUUCCAGAUUCGUCGCAGCAUCAGCAUGACGAAUGUGCUUCCUCAAAUGACAGCGACGCUGACGACUUGUUGCAACGACAGUCUGCAUUCGACGCGACUUCCAUCGACUGUACCGAGCACACGAGUGAGGAGCUGCUUCAACGCGUCGACGAGCUCCAUUCCUUGCUCCAUGGUGGAGGACUUGGCCGAGGCGCCACACGGACGUACUUACAGGAAGAAGUCAAGAAGCACAGCAUUUGGAAAACGCCGUCGUUUUGGGAAAAAGCGCUCUUGCUAGCAAUUGGCGAAGAACUCCAGCGGACCCCGCAGCCGUGCCCGUGGGAAGAGCUACCGAGCGGUGUUCCCAAACCCGAUGGUCUGCCGUCACGCGAAGAAGCCGUGUGUCGUGUGCACAACAUUGUGUUUGGCCAGCUCGGUUCGUUCACACUGAGUAUGCUCGAGUUUGACGUCCCACUCUUGCAGAUCGAGUCGUUUGUGGAGACCAUGUGCGACGCGCACGAACUCACGGAAGACCAGCGGUUCCUCCUGCGCAAGAAUUUACACGAGAUUGUCAAUGCAGUGCGGUAA